AGUGAAAAGGGAAAAGAAAUCAUUCCAGAGGAAGCUACGAAUGGCGAAACAGCAGCAGCUGUACCACAGGAGCAGACGGAAGUGUCGGAAGUCGAGAAUCAAGAGCUUGCUUAUGAUCCGAAUGCAUACCCUGGUUACAUCUGGAAUUACGAAACGCAGCAAUGGGAUGUGGAUCCAAACUACGAUCCUAGCCAAAACCCCUCAGUAUAUAAUGCUGGUUACGAUCAAGGGAAUUAUCAGUACGAUUAUAGUGGCGUAGCCGCAGCUGAUGGUUAUACUUACCCUAGUACUUAUGGGCAAACGUAUUCGUAUGAUCAAAAUGAUGGCUAUACGGCCGCGGGUUACCAGCAAACUGCUGAGGGAACUUACGAUCAAAAUGCUCAGCAAUACUAUGGGCAAACUGCUGGAUACGAUCAACAGGCUGGAUACGACCAGCAAGCCAACUAUCAGUAUGAUCAAACCGGGCAGUAUGCUGGUUAUGAUCAAACUGCGGGUGGUUACGACCAAACCGCAAGUGGUUACGGUCAAACCACCGCUGGUUACGAUCAGGCUACCGCCGGUUACGAUCAGAAUGCAAGUGCUUAUGGUCAAGCUGGCUAUGACCAAAGAGCUGGAGCUUAUGGCCAAACUACGGCUGGUUACGAUCAAACCACAGCUGGCUAUGAUCAAAAUGCCAGCGCCUACGCUCAACAACCCUAUUAUGACACCGCGGCAACGAUGCAGGUGGACACGAACUACCAGAAUGGCUCUUACUAUCAGACACAUGCUGGUUACGAUCAAACAGUCACGGAAUAUACUGAACCACCCAUUGGCCUUCAAGAUUACACUCCUAGCCCACAGCCAAGCGAGUAUAGCACGACGCCAGUAGCACCAGGAGAUGAGCAGCAGAAUGCACCGACAAGCUAUGAUUAUUCACAGUAUGCCCAGAGCUAUGGUACUGACUAUUCAGGCUAUCAACAGACACAACCACAAGCUCAAUCAUAUGGUGAGUUUCAUGUUUAA